AACCGCUUCCGGAAACGGAUCUCACAAACCGGAUGUAGCGUCGACGUGUAUAUCUACGUAUGGCUGCUCACAAAGUUAAGCUAGCGGCUAAAACGGUCGGUGUGCAAUCUGCCGCUAACAUUUUUUGACGAGCCGCAGAUACGAAAAAGGGGGCAUCCAGUUGUGGGAGUUGAACAAGAAGAUAUUUAAUUUUUUGGCAAAAUGAGCCAAACUGAAAGUUUCCCCCUUGACUGCAAGGUUUAUGUUGGAAAUCUAGGCAACAAUGGAAACAAGUCAGAGAUUGAAAGUGCUUUUGGGUACUAUGGUCCUUUAAGAAGUGUUUGGGUUGCCAGGAAUCCCCCAGGCUUUGCUUUUGUAGAGUUUGAAGAUCCCAGAGAUGCAUCUGAUGCUGUGAAAGAACUGGAUGGAAGGAGCAUGUGUGGCUGUCGGGUGCGUGUCGAGUUAUCCAAUGGGGAAAAGCGCUCAAGGAGCCGUGGGGGUCCUGCAACCUGGAGUGGUAGACGCCCUCGUGAUGAUUUUAGGCGGCGUAGUCCUCCAGUCAGGCGCAGGAGAAGGACCCGCAGUCGCAGCAGGUCUCUUUCAAGAGAAAGGGACAGAUGCAGACAUCGAUCUCUGUCCCGAGACAAGAAGGGCCCAAGAUCUAUCUCACGGUCCAGGAGUCGUUCCCGGUCUAACGGGAGAAAAUGAGGACCUAAAACAAUGGUUCAUCUGCAGGAACUUGCUAUGGUUUGGGAAAAAAACAAAUUUUUAUAGUAAUGUUUUUCUUUUCUCUGGGGUUGGCCAAGUUACAUAUUGUGUAAUCGCAGUCUGUUGAAAUUAACAACAAAGGACUGAAGUCUUUUUCUGCUAAAGCAAAUUCUGUCUUACCCUGCAUGUUUUUAAAUGAAAUACUGGAUUUAGUUUUACAUUACCAUCCUGUUUUUAAACUGUUGAAUUAAAGCUUGUGAUGUUUUUAUUUGUUCUUGUUUGCUAUUUUUAUUAUUGGUUGACUCUUCAAAUACUGGCAGUGGGUUAAUAUGAGAUGCAUCACCAGUAGGAGUGUACUUAAUAGAGACAGAAAUCAGACUGACAACAAACCUUGUUCAAUACUGGUGCUGUUAUUUGCAGACUCUUAGAAGCCAAAACAUCAUCUGUAAUUCUGUAUUUUAUGUGUCACUUUUGCAAAAAAAAGAAAAAAAAGGCUUUUAUUCCAUUCAACUUUGCUUAACUCUCUGAGCUCUGAUACUCUGUGCUGCAAACACAACUUAUUCAAUAAAUGGUUUUUCAAGGUUA